AGCAGCAGCAGCAGUAGUAGUAGUAGUAGUAGUAAUAGUAGCAGCAGCAGCAGUAAUAGUAGCAGCAGCAGUAGCAGUAGUAAUAGUAGCAGCAGCAGCAGUAGUAAUAGUAGCAGUAGUAGCAGCAGUAGCAGUAGUAGUAGUAGCAGCAGUAGCAGUAGUAAUAGUAGCAGCAGUAGCAGUAGUAAUAGUAGCAGCAGCAGCAGCAGUAAUAGUAGCAGCAGCAGCAUUAGUAAUAGUAGCAGCAGUAGUAAUAGUAGCAGCAGCAGCAGCAGUAGUAAUAGUAGCAGCAGCAGCAGUAGUAAUAGUAGCAGCAGCAGUAGCAGUAGUAAUAGUAGCAGCAGUAGCAGUAGUAAUAGUAGCAGCAGCAGCAGCAGUAGCAAUAGUAGCAGCAGCAGCAGUAGUAAUAGUAGCAGCAGUAGUAAUAGUAGCAGCAGCAGCAGCAGUAGUAAUAGUAGCAGCAGUAGUAAUAGUAGCAGCAGCAGCAGCAGUAGUAAUAGUAGCAGCAGUAGCAGUAGUAAUAGUAGUAGUAGUAGUAGUAAUAGUAGCAGCAGUAGCAGUAGUAAUAGUAGCAGCAGCAGCAGCAGUAGUAGUAGUAGCAGUAAUAGUAGCAGCAGCAGUAAUAGUAGUAGUAGUAAUAGUAGCAGCAGCAGCAGCAGCAGCAGUAGUAGUAGUAGCAGUAAUAGUAGCAGCAGCAGCAGCAGUAAUAGUAGUAGCAGUAAUAGUAGCAGCAGCAGAAGCAGCAGCAGCAGCAGUAGUAGUAGUAGUAGCAGUAAUAGUAGCAGCAGCAGAAGCAGCAGCAGCAGCAGUAGUAAUAGUAGUAGUAGUAAUAGCAGCAGCAGCAGCAGCAGCAGCAGCAGCAGCAGUAGUAGUAAUAAUAGUAGUAGCAGCAGCAGCAGUAAUAGUAGCAGCAGCAGCAGUAAUAGUAACAGCAGCAGCAGUAAUAGUAGCAGCAGCAGCAGUAGUAGUAGUAGUAGUAGUAGUAGUAGUAAUAGUAGCAGCAGCAGCAGUAAUAGUAGCAGCAGCAGCAGCAGUAAUAGUAGCAGUAGCAGUAGCAGCAGUAAUAGUAGCAGCAGCAGCAGUAAUAGUAGCAGCAGCAGCAGCAGUAGUAGUAGUAGUAAUAAUAGUAGCAGCAGCAGCAGUAAUAGUAGUAGCAGCAGCAGUAAUAUCAUCAUCAUCAGCAGCAGCAGCAGUAGUAGUAGUAGUAAUAAUAGUAGCAGCAGCAGCAGCAGUAAUAGUAGCAGCAGCAGCAGUAAUAGUAGC